UGACGUUCUGUGAAAUUGAGUGGGCACGAAAAAGGCAGGGCUAUGAAUAUGCUACGUGUCGGAUUAGAAAUCUUCAUUGGACGUCUCCCGUCAGAUUUAUUUCCGAUAAAUCACAUAAACUCGUUUUUUUAGAAGGGAAUAUAGCUUAAUCGUUACCAACAUAUAAAUUAUUAGGUCACCAAACUAAAACGUUUCAGAAGAAGUGGCGAUGUCUGGGAUAAAAAAACAAAGAACGGGCUCUUCAAUGUCAGUCCUGGAGGGCCAAAACACUUCUGGUUUUCAUCCUCUCCUUCUAAUCAGGGACUGAUUCAGACCCGGGACACCAGGUAAGUGCAAUUAACUACCAGGUAGAAACCAAAACCAGAAGUGUUUCGACUCUCCAGGACGGGAAUUGAACUGCUCUGCGGUUUUACUUCUAAUGAUGACCCGAUGAGCUGUAAACUGAGAGGAAUGGCUUUCAGACGGAUUGUUCUGCUUGGCAUUCAAACAAAUGGGAAAGUAUACAUGUCUUGCAGAGGACUCCAGUCACUCAUUAUCAAGCUAUCACUACAAAUUACAGCACAGUUCAGUGUUUCUCAGCUGACUAAAAUACUGUGAUCAGUUGCAAACCCCUAAGGCAACUGUCCUGUGCUAAUAGCUCAAUUAGGAAUGUGCAGAUGUGCAAUCGUGCAAUCUCUCUGUGGUUCCAGGACCUUCAGAGGGCCACUAAUGUCGUGUACCAGGCUCACCAUGUGAGCCGGUCCAAACGAGGCCAAGUGGUGGGCACCAGAGAGGGCUUCAGAGGUUGCACUGUCUGGCUCACUGGUUUGUCAGGUGCCGGAAAGACAACCGUCGGCUUUGCCCUGGAGGAGUACUUGGUGUCCCAUGGUAUUCCCUGCUACUCCCUGGAUGGGGAUAACAUCAGACAGGGGCUGAACAGGAACCUUGGCUUCACCUCUGUGGACAGGGAGGAGAACAUCAGGCGCAUCGCUGAGGUGGCCAAGCUGUUUGCAGAUGCAGGAUUGGUCUGCAUCACCAGCUUCAUUUCUCCAUUCACUAAGGACCGGCAAGAAGCCAAAAAGAUCCAUGUACAAUCUGGACUGCCGUUCUUCGAGGUGUUCGUCGAUGCUCCCCUGGAGGUGUGUGAGAGCAGGGAUGUCAAAGGCCUCUACAAGAAGGCCCGUGCUGGAGAGAUUAAAGGCUUUACGGGCAUUGAUUCGCCUUUUGAGAAGCCUGAGUCACCUGAUCUUGUGCUGAAGACUGGACAGAUCUCAGCGAAUGAGUGCAUCCAGCAGGUGGUCGAGCUGCUUAAGGAACAGAACAUUGUGCCCACUGGUGUGACAGAGGAAGUGACUGAGCUCUUUGUGCCAGAGAACAAGCUGGACUUGGCACUGAGCGACGCCAAGACACUGCCUACCGUCAGCAUCACCAAGCUGGACCUCCAGUGGGUGCAGGUGCUGGCAGAGGGCUGGGCCAGCCCCCUCAAGGGCUUCAUGAGGGAGAGGGAGUUCCUGCAGGUUCUGCACUUCAACACUCUUCUGGAUGGUGGAAACAUCAACCUCUCUGUGCCGAUCGUCCUGCCCGUUUCCAAAGAGAGCAAAGAGAAGCUGGACGGCUGCGCAGCGUUCGCACUUGAGUUCAAAGGUUGCAGAGUGGCAAUUCUCCGCAACCCUGAGUUUUAUGAACAUCGGAAGGAAGAGCGUUGUGCCAGGCAGUGGGGAACCACAUGUCCUCAGCAUCCUUACAUCAAGAUGGUUAUGGAGGGUGGUGAUUGGCUGGUUGGUGGAGAUUUGGAGGUGCUAGAGCAAAUCAAAUGGAACGAUGGUCUGGACCAAUACCGCUUCACUCCAAGAGAACUGAAACAAAAGUUCAAGGAAAUGAAAGCAGACGCCAUCUUCGCCUUCCAGCUUCGCAACCCGGUCCACAAUGGCCACGCCCUCCUGAUGCAAGACACGAAGCGGCGGCUGCUGGAGCGAGGCUACAAGAACCCUGUCCUGCUGCUUCACCCGCUGGGAGGCUGGACCAAAGACGAUGACGUGCCUCUGGACUGGCGCAUAAAACAGCAUGCUGCCGUACUGGAGGAGGGGGUACUGGACCCAGCCAGCACCAUCGUGGCCAUAUUCCCCUCCCCCAUGAUGUAUGCUGGACCCACUGAGGUACAGUGGCACUGCCGGGCACGAAUGAUAGCUGGUGCCAACUUCUACAUCGUUGGUCGCGACCCUGCGGGCAUGCCUCACCCUGAGACCAAGCAGAGCCUGUAUGAGCCCACCCACGGGGCCAAGGUCCUCACCAUGGCCCCUGGUCUCCCCUCUGUAGAGAUCAUCCCCUUCAGAGUGGCUGCCUACAACAAGACUAAAAGAUCUAUGGACUUCUAUGAUAAGGAGAGACACCAGGAAUUUGAGUUCAUAUCUGGGACCAAGAUGAGGAGGAUGGCACGCAGCGGAGAGAACCCCCCGGAUGGUUUCAUGGCCAAUAAGGCCUGGAAGGUCCUCACAGAGUACUACAGCUCCCUGCAGAAGGACGAAUGAACACGCACACCUUGGGUCUAACAGACACAUCUUAAGCUUCUCUAUUUUAUAUCAAGUACUGUAGACAUCUAGGCAUUAAUGAAAUGCAUGCCUGAGUUUUUUUUUUUUUUUUUUUUUUUACUAAACUGAAUAUCAUGUAAACCGGAAAUGAUCUAGUUUGAUGUGUGGGUCAAAAUAAAUCUGUAAGCAGUGUAAAAAAAAAAGUUGGAAGUCAGAGUUGUGAAGAAAUCAAUAUGAAUGUUUUAACAGAUCACUUUUGUUACCUAUGUAUCUUUACUUCCAAGCUAGUAACUUAAAAUGUAUGUUUUUGAAGCUGUGAGAAUAUGUAGUUGAGUGGAAGGGGUUUUAGCUAUCCCUGUGUAAUGAAUGAAACUAUUUAUCUAGUGAUGCCAUGGUACCUAAUUUCUAAAUGUUCUUAUACUGCAUCUAGCCUUUUUAUAUCAGGAAGUUUCAAGCAAAUAAAUGAUUACGAACAA